GUACGAACCGUCAGACAGUGCGGACGUGAAAGGCGACGAACUCCGUUUCAUUCCGGAGCGAACGUAAAGGUUCUAUUUUAGCUCUAGUAGAAAAUUGUUUGUUUUCGCUGAUUAUUUCGAAGUAGCAUGUUCUAAAUUGGCUCUGCAAAAAAGGUGAAUACACACCAAGUUUUGGAUUAUCAAAAUUUUGCUCGCUGUAGCCGCUAUCAGUGAAAAUUACUUGCAAUACAAAACCGUUAAGUGAUCGAUGUUGUGAAAAUUGUGCAACAAAGUUUAAGGAAUAAUUAAGUUGCCGAUCGCAAGAACAAGGAAUAAGUGUAAUUGAAAGUGUUCCAAAAACAACUUUAAAUUCAAGAAAUAAUAAAUAUUCUAUGGAAGAACUCUGUAUACCGACUCAUAACCAAGUAUCUGGAUUGCUUUGACCGUAUGUUCAUCCCAGGAUAUAGGAAAGGCUGAAGACUGCAAAAGAAUAAUCAAAAUGUUGAAGUGGACCGUUACGAAACGUCCGGAAGGAGGUACGGCGGCCGCCAUUCAACGCCAACAGCAGCGACAAAAUGCCCAAGCACGCAGGUCAUUGGGAGCGCUGAACGACAGAGCGGUCCCAAGUGAUGGAAUUUCAGCAGUAAGCAAAAUCAAGGCCAGACGCUCGCUAGGAGCCACUAUGCUACGGAAUGCCCACAUCGACAAAGAAAACCAAUGCGUCACCUCGACCCCACAUCACGUGGCAGGUGGUAAAUCAUCUGCUUCACCUUACUCAAUGGCGUUGCGAGAUGUAAGCAACAUCACCCCCAACACAACACCUCGCCGUCUCUCAUCCACUUCGCAAGGUCGCAAGCGACCUCUCGCUCUAUCCCCAACCGCGGUCACUUCUACAGCUAAGAAGGAAUGUGCGGUACAAUACGCCACUACUCUGCCGACCUUCGACAUCGAAUAUUCACCGUGUGGUGUUAAAAACGUACCGUUUCUAGCUUUACGCGGGUUGGGCCUUGCGGAUUCAUACUUUGAAAAUCCUGGAAGAUACUUUCAUGAAGAUCAGCCACCUGCGGCCAAGCGAGCUAAACCAUUCGCAACACCCGCUCCGGUUAUCGGAAAACCGGAACCGGCACUAACUCCACUGUCAUCGCGACUUUCCGAGUUGCGGUUCAGUAAAAUCAAUUUUAAACGCCAUGCCUCCGAGGCCAAUGCAGCCAACAACAAUAACCAAAUCUUCAACGACGAUGAGCCAUCGCUGAACUCGUCCGAAAUGGGUGAUAUUACACUAGAUAAAAUGAUCGAUGCAAUUCUAGAGAGUGCUAAAAAGGACAAAAUCCCCAAGCGAAGCUCCAGCGUCAAAUCCAAGCAAGCUAAAAUUCCAUCCCCCACCUACACGCCAGCCGAUGAUCCCGCUUCUGACUUGUACACGGACGCCUUACUACUCGACCAGCUGCCACCGAAACUUAUCGAGCAGGCGGAGACGACCAUCAUCCUGGAGGAAACCGCAAACGUCAACGAGCGUGAAGUCAAAACUCCAGAAUCAACCAAAGCCGGCAGGUCGUUACGGCAAUCGCUAACGCGGUUUGUUUUGGCCAGCCCUCUAGAUGCUUGCCACUUGAGGCGACAGAAAGCUGUUCGACGAAAAAACAAACUAGACACUAUGGAGAGAGAACCAUCGGAGAAGAAACCCUGCCGAAUUGGACUGACCCUCCCGCAUGGCAUCCCUAGUCCGGAAACCCCCGGAACCGUAAGCCAAAGUCAAUCAAAACUGGAACAGUUGGCCCAAAUGGAAACUCCAUCGGAAAAUGCGAAUGCACAAGAUUCGGACAGCCAAAAUCCAAAAUCUACGAUUGUUCUAGGUAUUAUCGACGAAAUGACACCUAGUAUUCGUUCGAUCGAUUUGCAAGGAACUUCCACUCCAACUGGGAUGGAACUGGUUUCGCUCGAGAAAACACGAAAAUGUUUGGCUUUUUCACCUUCCUUGAGCGAAGACUCGUUGGAGAAAAGACGCUCUGUGGCGUCGUCGACAACCUCGCGCUGCUCGCGAGUUACCACCGUAAAAGGUGCACUGGAGUUGAACGUUCAGUUAGAGAAGGACAAUAAAUUAUAUGUUCACGUCAUUAGCGGUAAAGAUCUGCAACGGCCUAGCGGAAAUACGAUAAACGCGUACGUGAAGGUAGCAAUUACAAACUCGGCGAAUGUUGUCGAGCAAGGUUUCCAAAGGACAGCAGUUCAUCGGAACUCCAGCAAACCAGUGUUUGAUCACCGGUUCGUGUUUGAACUGGGUUCGGCAUCAGAUGAGGAAAACGCACGCCGAAUUCAGCUUGCUGUGUGGCAUCGGGACAGGGAGUGCAAGCGCAGCGAAUUUUUAGGAUGUAUGUCAUUCCCACUUAGAAAUGCGAUCCACCAGGAAAUUAAUGGCUGCUACAAACUUCAACCGCAGUCGUGUUUGACGAAUCCUACGCCACCGAUUCCAGACAUGUGUGAGAACUCGCAGUCUAGCGUUGACGAGAUUGUCAGCGUCGAGGACGGCGGUCCGGCGCUGACUUCGGGAGGACCGACGGGCCCAGCGGAGCCAAUCAGUUUAAGCAAGAAAGCUCUCCAUCAGCGUGAUGCCGAUGAAAACUUAUUUCUUCGAUUUCUGGAGCUAGAUCCUCCCCUUGAAGCCGGUGGAGUGCCCGCCACUCCACGACGUAGUUCAAUUUGUUCCAACAAGCCGAAUGCUGGUCGGACGCCAUUCACGAUAACGAAAAGGCUAACACGUGUGGCCGAAAAAGGCUUCGGUUUUUCGAUAGUCUGGACACACCCGCCUCGGGUGGAGAAAGUGGAACAAGGACUCUCGGCCGAAAAGGCCGGUAUUCUACCGGGAGAUUACGUAGUUUUCGUAGACAAGCACAACGUCGUAACAAUGCCGGAGCUAGAUGUGCUAAAUUUGAUUAAAACCCAGGGGAAUACUCUGCUGCUGGAAAUCUUUCGUCGACCUCAGCGGCCUACCAACGGACUUCGUUCGGGGAGUGCAGUAACGGCUUCCACUAGCAAUCUGAUUAAUUUUGCACCCUUCAAUGCGCAGGUGCAAUUCCAUCAACAGCAUCUGCACGAUGAUGAAACGACUUUGAAACCUUCGAUCAUCCCUGCUCGCUCCUCCACGGCCUGUUCGAACAUCUCGAUUGAAACCGCCAAGCGGAAACUCAAUCUUCCUCAAGUGACGUUCAGCAAAGAGUCCAUUUUACAACAGCUCCCAGACGACCACCGGAGAAAGUUCCUCUACCAGUUGAUUAGCAGAGAGCAGCACUUUGUGACGGCAAUCAACUUUGGCAUCGAACGAUUCGUAAACCCUUUAAAGGAACGGAAAGAUAUAAUCUCACCGAAUGAUCACAAAACACUUUUCCAAAACAUUGACGAGCUAUCGCGAAUAUCAGAGGACAUCCUUGAGCAAAUCAUCCAAGAUGAAACCGAGCCACAAAUCCAUUUCGCUUCCCGCGUCUAUCUGUCCAAAUGUACGGCCUUGUGCGCGGCCUACAAAAAAUACUGCAAUGGACUGAAAAAAGCAGACUGCGUCCUGGUCAACAAAUCAAGAAAUUCAAGCUGUGAUUUUAUGCGUUUUAUUACGGAGCCACCGGUGCCACGGAAACGUCCAGACUUAACCACCUUCAUACAUCGACCGUUGCAACAUUUUAGGGAAAUUUUAAAGCUAGUCCAAAUGAUCGCAUCCCAUUGUCGAGUAGAUAGUGAAGAGCAUAACAAUUUCAACAGUAUCAUCAACGAGUUACAGGCUGCAUAUCGGGAAAUCACGGUAGGUGGCGGACUGAUGGAACCGAUUGGGGAGGGUCGGCCGUUGCUGACGCUGCAGGAUUUGGAAGCGAGGAUGGUUUUCACCAAAUGUAAACCGUUUCAGCUUGCUGCCCACGGGAGGCAGUGGAUUUUUGGUGGGGAUUUAUCUCGAGUGGAAGGCCGGUCGGUUAAGCCCUACUGGACACUGCUGUUCAGUGAUAUUCUACUGUUCGCCAAGGUCAGCCGAGACCGUGUGUUGUUCAUCACGGAGGAGCCUAUUGCGUUAACGAAUGUUACCGAUUCCUGCUUCAAUAUUCGGAAGAAGAAUACCGAGUUCCGGAUAACCAUCGAUCCAAACGGUCGCCAAAUCGAAAGCCCCACAGUUCACUGCGCCCCGGAUUUGACUCGAACACCGAAGAAAAAUUCUAAAAAACGCUGUAUAAUCCUGCGAGCGCCGUCCACGGAAUUGAAAGCCGUAUGGCAGAAUCUUCUUACUAGGCAAAUAUUUUUGGUUAACGCCACUCUGGGAUCGACUCCUCUGAGCAGUCCACUGGACUCGCCAGACAUAUUGCAGACGUUUGUUCCGAUCGGUGACAUUGGUAUGACGGCCGCAUCGAUGACAUCCGCCAAAGUUCCUUCGCUGGAUAGCAUUCAUCUCAAAAAUCAACAGUCAAAAACGAGCAAGGUCCCGAGGCAGGUCGAGGAGUUGAUCGAUGAGAAGUGUAGAAACAUGAACAAGACCGGUGUCCCUAAGGGAAGUGCAUUGCAUUUGGCACAAUGGAUGAAGGGCCAGCUGGACAAACAAGUUGUCGAGUCGGAUCCUAUUGAUUCCGAUCCCGAACAGACGAUCGAGGAGUGGUCCCUCGAACAGGUUACCAAUCGCUCCAAGGAGCUGAAGUUGGUCGACACGGACGGGAAUCUGUGCAAGACGCUCAAUGGGGCGGGAUCCAAUAUGAAGCUCACGGACGCACACCUGGAAGAUAGUUCGACAUAUGAUGGAGAUGACGACAAUCGGAGUGUUUCGAAAAGCACCACGUCUGACAGCCAGAUAACAGUCCGCUCUAGUCCACUGAGUAACAAGGUGGACACUAUUUCCGUCUGUCGCCAGUGUCACAAAAACUGCAAAAGCCGUAUAAACUCACCAAGUAGCAACUCGUUGACGGUUCAGCACAGUCAGACUUCUUCAAUCCGUUGUUGCGUAUCAUCUUCGACGACUGGCAGCAGUUUAAACAAAAGUCCCAACUCCAACUCGAGCAUUUCUUCUACCAGUACACUAACUAUGCCGAGCAAGUCGCCUACGAAACCAGAAGAAAUCAUCGGUUCCGAUAAAACCGUUAUGGAAUACACUAUAACAUCAAACAAAACCUCGCACAAGCAGCAACCGUCGCCAUCCUUGAGCCUCGGAAGCUAUAAGACCAAGUGCCAAACGCCCUGUCACUGUAAGUGUACACCAAAAGACUUUGAAAAAACUACUCUCAGCCCGGACGAAUUGCUUCACGAGCGGGUCAAAAUUCUAAAGAAUGUGAACGAAAUUAACGCAAGCCCUACGUUAUCCAAUAUGUCUUCGGGAUCACCAAAGGUAAACGGGUGCUCAGCUGUGAAACCACUACGAACUAGCAGGUGUGACAGUUUCAAGUGUGACGAAAUGAUGAAUAAUGAAAACGUUGAAGAUUGGUCGUUGAUGUUGAUUGGUCUAGCGCAAAUCAAUCCGGCAGCUUCACUGGUCCACGUGGAUCCUUUUGAAGCUGUUCCUACUAUAUCAGUUGUGCCACCAACGCCGGAUGCACUGAACAGUAACAGCAACAAGCAUAACAUGUCACUAAAUUGGAACGAUACCAAUCGACUGCAGUUGAAAAAGAUAAAUGAAAGCAAUGGAGGUGAAAACGACGAAUACUCACCGGAUAACUCGCCGGAAGACGAAUUGCCUGACCAUCCCUAUCGGGCGUUGAAUACCGGCAUGAAGCGGUAUGGUACUAUGUCCAGUUUGGAACGAGUGCCUUCGGAUGAAACCGAUGAUAAAACGUACAACUCAUCGGAGGAAGAUUCGGAAAAUGAUAUAAAAAUUGUGACCAAAGAAGUAUACGACAAUAACGCACAAAGUUUCCUGAACUGGACAGCACGGGCCGGUAAUUUCAUUGAGGAAUCACGAGCAUUUUUGGAUCGCUAUCUAGGACGUAGUAACACAAUAGAGGAGCAAAGCAAAGGCAACGUGAAUGUCAAUGCUGAGGAGGAAAUCGUCGAGGGAGAAACGUCGGUCACUUCCGGUGAAGAAGUGUGGGGAACUCCUACGAGUGGUGGUGAAAAUGAUGAUCUGCAAAUAUUUGGAAGUAUCGAACAAACGCACUCGUCGCCGAGCAAAUCCACUUCAUCCUACACCGGAGACGACGAUACUGAACUAAUGAUGGACGAACUGUUGAUGGCACCGCCGAUGACAGCCAGCGCCGUCCGAGGAUUAUUACCCAGACGUAAACUAGAGCCGUUAUUUGAAGAGGAAAGCGAGAGUUGCGAGUCAGAUGACGAUAGUAAACCACUUAGUGGGCGUGAUAAACAGGGGCAAGCUGUGGAAAGAAAUCGUCCGGAUUAUGUGGACUUAGGAGAUUCCAACGAAUCCGACUCAGUAAGUACAACGCCGUCGUCAACGCCUCGGGCGGAAACGAGGGAGACGGUGAAGACGACCACGCCCGACGAAAACUAUGGGAGUGUUGCUGACAGAUACUCUGCAUCUGUACUGCUCCCGAGCACCGGGAUACGUUCUGUAAACGGUACCGAUCGUUUCGGGGCGAGUUCCGGUGCUGCGCCGAUCCUCACGUUGCCUCCUCCGCCGUCUACCGACCCACCACCACACCAAUACGGUCUGAGUCCUCGACUGGAGAUGCGUUUGGCACUCAAUCACGACAUUCUCGGCGACGAAGACCUGAUCAGCUACAACCCUGGGCCGAAUCUGACUUCGCUUCUCGGGCAAGACCUCUCCACAUACCAUCGAAUGAGCGGGAAGGAUAUUAUCAUGAAUCGGAUAAUCUCGCGGGUGAACAGCUACAGCAGCAUCCCGGCGGCAGUGGCCAAACUUUCAUCCACCAAUCAACAGAUUCAUCCAGUCAGUCCCAGCAGUUUCAACCAACUAGUGAAAAACGAAACGAGCUCAUCAUAUCAACAAAACAAUUCAAAAAUGGAUACACCUACACCGAAUCGCAAAAAGCCCCGAAGCCCGGUUACUUGGAACAGUUCUGGGUCUGUGGAGCGAGAAGAAAAGACUCUGUCGGACCUGGAACGACUAGCGAGGCGCGAGAAAGUUUACUGUAUGACCCAACUGAAUCAAAACGGCUCCCACCUGAAGCAUACAGCUAGUUUCAACCGAUCCAAAUCUUCCAAACUGUUCAAUUUUCUGUCGCGACGCAACUCGGAGAACCAGCUGCACAGGUUUUUCGGAUCGUCGAGAGACAGCGGUGAAGAUGUUCCUAGUUCGCAUUCGGACUCGAGCCGAAUGAACUCACCUCGGAAGGAAAAUGACAAAUCAUUAGAUCGACGGUUUUGGAAGCAACUUAGCAGACGACGGCGUGCCAGCUUGCAUGAGCUUACAGUUAGCGAAUCGUAGAUUUCAUGGCGUUAUGCAUAGGAGAAAAUUUUAUGGAAAACCAUCAACUAGUUACGACGGGCGAAAGCUAACUCAAACAAAAAGGAAAAAAAACUUUGUUCUAUUAACUACUAACCUCUACUCAGUCGAACUAUCUAACUCUAGCUAUGUCAUACCAUUGUAAAACAGAUUAGUUAAAUAUUAGAUAGCAUGUUAUGGAAAGAUACUGUUUGUUGUAACGAAACUUCCUCUUCGUCCCCUCUAUCUGGAAUGUUGGUUUUACUUUUGUAUAGUGAUUAAAAUGUUAACAAGUAGUAGGGUGAGCAGCCAAGCGUGAGCCAAUUUAAUCGAAUUUGCAACGGAGAAAGGAUUGUGAUGAGAGCUGGUCCUAUCUAUCGAAAAUCAACAUUGAAGUUAAAUUGGUGGAAUGAUUGAAUAGUUUUUGAAUGAAACCUUAUAAAACAAUAAUUAGAGUAUAGCGAAAAGCACGGUGGUUUAGAAUCGAAGGUUAAUGGUGAGUUCAAGCAGCAAUUAAGCGAAUCAAUUCGUGAUACUAGAGAGUAAAACAUCUUUUACCUUUUACAUAGCUAUAACGGCUUUAAUACUGAUUCAACUGUACGAUAUUGAGAGUGUAAAAAGGAGUAAAUAGUUUUCUGUGUAUUUUUGUGGUAUUUUUUAGAUGCACAAUUCGUUAAUAAUGCAAGAAAAGCACAACUAAGAAGAUUUAUUAACCUAAGGCGUUUUUAUAUUUUGUAAAUUUUGACUGUGUUUAGUACCAUUCGCAGAUACGAAUGUUUGUUUACUAGUUAAGUGUUUUUCAAAUCGUAGUUAUUUCUAAACUUGUCAAUUUCAUACUACCUAUAAAUAUCCCGUCCUCAUGUUUUUGUAGCCAAUUUUAAAACUCAUCAAUCACAGCAACAUUUGCAAAAUCUAUGCCAAAGUUUCUGAGUUACAUUCAAACGUCCAUUAUAAAAAUGAUCCGUCAAUCUUAAUUGUGUAAUUUUAAAUAAAAAUUUUCGAAAUUCAAUACUAGUAACCGAAAAACGAAACGUUUUAAAGGUUUUAACUGAUAAACUUACAAACCAGAAACGCCAAAUCAGCAGCUUUAUCAAAAUGAUGAUUACUUAGAACUUCGAUAGGAUCUCGAAAGAUUCAGAAAUGCAGAAGUUAUUGACAGUUCUAUACCCCAUCUAGCAUUUACAGUAACAUUUCACAACAAAGAAUCAAAAUCAAGAAGCAGUUUUUUCUAAUUGCUCAUUCAGCUGAAGGUAACGUGCAAUACCAGUUAAACGCAACAUACGCCAGAAAUGCAAUUUAAGCAUCAUUUUGCAAAUCUCCAUAACAUUUCGUAACUAGUCGAGAGAGAAAAUAGUAAAAGUAUCGUGCACUAGAUCAAGAACAGAUUAUCAAGUAAACUAAACGUAUUUUGCCUUACGAAAUCGCAAAUUUACAUUUUCAAACACUAACAGAAAUACAUUGACAGUAGCGGCAACAGUGAUAGCGUAAUAAAAACCCAUCAUGGCCGAAUCGUUGCGGUGGUGAAGCAAAACGGGAGAUAAAAUAAAAUUCAUUUUGAUAAUAGUAAAAA